AUUUAACGAGUCAGUUGUUUGACAAGCGUGAGAGGAAAUCAGGCAGUCCACGUGGGUAUUAAUUUAUUAUAGGAAAAUGAGCUGCCAUUUUAAGACAAGGCAGUGUUUGCGCAUGUCAAGCAAAAGCAAACACCCGGCUUUGGCUUCCUAAAAAGCUCACUCAGUUUUCCCUCCUCUUUCCCUUUUCGACCUAAAGCCGUCUUGAAUCUACCACGUCCAGUAAAUAAUUGUUUAGUUCCUUCGCGUUUAUUGCUCGCUCACAUCUGCUCUUCACUGUCUUCUAGUCCCUUAUUGUUCCUUGGCUUGAUCAACAAGUCUUUUUAUUCGUUGGUUUCAUGCAAAAGCGCUCUAGAAUGGACAUGGCAGGCAACCCAGCUGAUCCUCAACACUCUCAUCCUGGUCACCCUGGCGUUACUGACGACGCGUUUAUCAAUGACCGGGACGCCGUAGACAGCGGCGGCGACGACGACGACGAUGAUGACAAGCCAAAGAGCGACAAGAAAGCUGGGAGACGAAAGAUUAAGAUCGAGUUUAUCCAGGACAAGUCCAGGCGGCAUAUAACAUUCUCCAAAAGGAAAGCUGGCAUUAUGAAAAAGGCUUAUGAACUUUCUACCCUCACUGGUACUCAAGUAUUGUUACUUGUUGUCUCUGAAACAGGUCUCGUUUAUACUUUCACCACCGCUAAGCUCCAGCCGCUCGUCACCCAGCCUGAGGGCAAGAAUCUCAUCCAGGCAUGUCUGAAUGCUCCUCAUGGUUCUCUACCAUCUUCCAUGCCUGUUGGCGCUCCUCUUGGUCGCUCGAGUAACAUAGGUCCGCCUGCUGCGACACCAGCGAACAACAUGCCAGGUGGGCUGUCUAUUGGCUCCACCGCCGGCGGAAACGCAAAGGAAGACGAAGAUUCCGUAGAAGAGGAUGAGUCUUCUCGAGGUGGACGAGCGCAAGUCGGAGAUAAGCGACGUCGACGUGCUUCUUCAAAUGCUGGCCCGCCACCACCAUCGUCGUCCAGCAAUCGUGGUGGUCCCACUGGUUCACCUCAUUCCGUUAAUAGCACUAUCCCUCCCCAUCUUUCAAUAUCGUCUGGCACUAAUGCCUCCCAAUCCCAACCAUCAUCCGCUCAUCCGGGGACUUCACCCCAGAUGUCAAUGGGCGCAUCACCUACGUCUCCACAGCAGGGACAUGCUGUCCCUCCAACAAACAGCAAUCCGCAGUACGCUUCUUCCUACGGUCAUCAUACACAUCAUCCCUCACAACAUCCUUCGCAUCAACAACAAAGUCCGGAUGGCGGAAUGUAUGGUGGUACACCCGCGCACAUGAUGCCUGCGGGAAACUAUUCGUAUCCUGGUAAUCAGUCAAACACAACUGGUGGCCAACAACAGCUUGGCGGCUUGGCUGCUGCUGCUGCACAGCAUGGACAUUGGGGUACUGCCCAACAACAACAGCAGCAGCAACCGCAGCAAGUGGCAGGACAGAAUACGCAUUACACACGGCGAUAGUCCCUCCUGACAGAUAAUACCUUUUUUAAUGAGUACAGUCCCGAUGUGACCGUUAGUCGCUUUGUUCCUUGCUGUUCAUGAUCAUGCUUCUUUCAAGUCUACUCACCGGUUUUCGGUUAACGAGUCUUGUAUCACCUU